AUGCUCGGAUGCUCGGAAGACGCAUGCACUAUGAGGUAUGUAUGAAGGUCUAUUUUUCUAAAAAUGAGAAGGAAAUGUUAUAUUGCUUUUGAUUUCCAGGAAGAUCCAUAUCCGACCAUGUCCUGCAACCCCAGUCAUAGACUCUUGGGCCAUAUCUGGACAAUAUUGUGGAAAAACAAAUUUUCUUCAGCCCCAUCCAUUGACUCUCCGGCCAUAUUUGGACAAAAUCGUGGAAAAAAUAAAAUAUAUUCUCCAUAAAAUGUACGUCAUUUUACAAUAAAUGUUUUAACGAGUCGAGGGACCUUUUUUCUUUCAUAGUAUCGUAAAUGUACGAUUUGUAAGCUAAAUUUUUCACCCUAAACGGUGUUUUUUCGUCAAAAAAGCCAACACGUGGUGGCUGAAAAACUGAGGGGGCGGGGCUUAUUUUGGGACGUCGCAAAUCCAUGGAUUUGCUACCUCCCAAUUUUGCGCCGUCGCAAAAUGACCGAUUUGCUACCUCCCAAUUUUGCGCCGUCGCAAAAUGGCCGAUUUGCUUCCGACGCCUUUUUUGGAGGUUGCAAUGUGAGGUUUCCGCUACUUUUUGAAAUUGGUAGCGAAUCCAGCAAACAUUCUCGAGCUCGAGAAAAAAUUCUUAUUCCUUCGCUCUUAUUUGAAGCGAACCGUCGUUAAAUUGCCUGCGAUUUCGAUUAUUAAUUUUUGAAAGCCCAUUUCACAUGAGAAUUUGGAGAUUUUUUGAAUAAUAAGCCUGUUAGAUUUUAUGGGUUAUAGUCGUCUUUGGCCUCUUUUAUUGGACUUUUUUAUUAAAAUUACGUCAAACUGGAGAAGUACUCCGAGUGCGACGCUCGGAUUUUGAUGAAAUUGGGCAAAAAUUUAGAAUAAUUUACAACAUGCGUUCCUAGCUUGUCGAAACGACCGAGAUUUUUUUGGCCAAAGGUUUCUAAAAAGGUGACACUUUUUUUGCGGACUUUGGCACGAAAAGUUGCUGUAAUGUUUCCACAUCAAACUAAUUUUUCAUGCGACCAGGGGCCAAUGCGCUAUCUAAAAGUUUGCUGAAAAUCAUAGGGCGCAGCUCGGAGAAUUUGCACGGGCGCAGCUCGCGUCUUGGGCGCAGCUCGGAAACAAGCCGAAACUUAGCUCCGGCGAGCUGCGAAACGUUUUUUUCCGUGCUGCGCCCUUCCAUUUUCAGCUAACUUUCAGCAAACUUUCAGAUAGCGCAUUGGCCCCAGUAAGUAUUAUAUUUUUGUGCGGUUUGGAGGAACAACCAAGAUUUUUUGGUCAAAAAUUGGAAAAAAAUGUAAAACUUUUUUCCGAAUUUUAUCUUGAAAAAUUUCUUGCUUAUUUCUACCGUAUAGGGUGAUGUUCCCGCAAAAAAUCAAUUUUUUCCCCACUAAACUGGCAAAGAUAUGGACAAAAACUGUUUUGCUCUCUGACCGCUCUCCGCUUCUUGCAUACUCUCUCGCCGUCAAAAAUCACUUUUUUUGGCCAUAUCUGACCGACAUUUCCAGUAAAAAAUGAAUCGUGAUCUUUGUUGUUUUCUCACCUUCUAAUCGCACACAAAAUAUAGUGUUGAUUACAACGGACCUCGUGGUCAUUUACAGCCCAUCUUAUUAUGUUUUUUUUCACACGACUCACUUUCGAACUCACGCUGAAAAAACAGCAACCAGUUCCUCGUUUACGAGCAUCAACAGCGUUCUUUUACUUUAAUUGUCGCAUUUUCUUUUUGAAAAGUUCAAAUUAUUUGAUAUUUCGGUUUGUAAACAAAGGUGUAAUCACUCUUUUGAUGGAGUGAUUACACCUCUAGCUUUUGGAAUUUUGUGAUGUUUCAUCAAUCACAGAGUACAAUGUAACACUAUUUUCUACCGCACAAAGCCCAACUUUCAGCAACUUUCGGUUGCCCCAGGACAAGAUUCUUGAAAAAAUUAUACCGUGGAAUGAAAUUUUUCUCACUUUCUUACCGUCAAAAUUUUUCUCAUCAUUCCCAAUUUUAGCUUCAAAUGAUAGAACGACAAGUCCUUCACCUCCUCCCGUUCGCCCUUCUGUUCUGCAUCAACAUCAAUGAAGUGUUCAUGACAAAAACCUUCUUGCAGAAGGACAGAACGCCGGACUGGGUGGUGGCGAACAACCCCAACAUGGGGCCGAAGAACGCGCAACCGGAGCAGGUCCAUUUGGCGAUGCACGGGCCCGACAAAUACAUUGUGACAUGGGCCACACAUUCGGAUCCCGGCCAUUCGUAUGUGACGUACGGUGUGGACGGGAGAAUCGAUGACAAUCGCGUUGAAGCGCAGAGCACCUACUUCCAUGAGAAGGGAGGGAUUUUGGAUGUUCUGUAUGUACAUCAUGCCACGAUUGAGGGGAUCAAGCCGGGAGUGGUUUACAGUACGUUCAACUUUAAUGAUACGAUCAUGGUUUGAGUGGUUGAAGUGUGACACUUAGAGUUUAUCAGUCUUUCGGGAAAAUAAUGAGCACUCUGUCGCAACGAAAAUCGCAUAGCCGCUGAUAAAAUGAAUUGUCUCGGGGCAAAAUCAAAUUGCUUUUCACUUCAGUGACGUGAUCGGUACAGCGACAUUGUGCUCAUUAUUUUCCCGACAGACUGCUUUCUUUUAUUAUAAUGCAGCUUGAGAUUGAUUUUGAGCACAUUUGCAAAAAGCAUUGACGGAUUUCAAGCUGUUGAUUUGCUCGAAACAAGCGAAACUCUUACAAGGGAAGUCACUUAAGUCACGGAUCGAUUUUUAAAAACGACUGUUACAGAGAGAGGUAGUGUAGGACGGAGAUAUCAAAUCUGAAAACCGCUGCCUCCACCGGCCUCUGGGAGCCGAGAUAAUCGACCAAAAAGGUUUGACAAAAAAGAGUUGCUCCGAAAAGCCCUUCUUUUCGAAAGAAGGAGCGGAGAGAACCGAAUGGUCCGGUGGUCUGGAAGCGCGCUUCCAGGCCUUGACCUUUUCAAGUUCGAAUCCGCAUGGGUCAAAUAAUUUAUUAAACUUUUCCUGUAAUCCAGUAAAUUUACCGGUAAGAAAAAAUUUUUGAUUUUUUUCAUAUUUUACGAUAAAAUUUCAGAGCAAUAAUUUGAAAGUUCCAAACGAUUUGAAUUUUCAAGGUUGAAAAUUUAACGUAAAAUAGGCAUAAAAUAUAAAAAUAAAUUGCUAUUAAAUUUACUGGAUCAAAGCAACUGUUUUAUAAAUUUUUCACAAGUUCGAGACCCACGCGGAUUCGAACCUGAAAAGGUGAAGGUCUGGAAGCGCGCUUCCAGACCAUUCGGUUCGAUGGAUUUUCUUCUUUCGAAAGGAAGAAAUGUUCGGAGGAAUUUGGUCAAACUUCUUGGUCGAUUAUCUUGGCUCCCAGAGGCCGGUGGAGGUAGCCGUUUUCAGAUUUGAUAUCUCCGUCCUACCCUCCCCGUUGCUGUAACAGUCGUUUUGCAAAAUCGAUCCGUGAUUUAAGUGACUUCCCUUGUUAGUGCGAAAUUUGGCCAAGAUUUGGCACUUUUUGCGAGUAAAAAUUUUCGGCCUUAUUUCUACUGGAGACCGCAACGCUUCUACCAAAAAUCAUUUUUCUCCGCAAAAAAUGGGCCAAAACAUGGCCAAAAUAUGAUUUCUCUCUUACCGCUCUCCGCAUUUUGCGCACUCUCUCGUUAACAAAGGUUAUUUCCGCUGUCCCUCCUGAGCUGAUAUUUUGAAAAAUUGAUAUAUGAAAUCAGCUCCAAGUGCAUGCGCUAUUUUAACAGUCUGUCGGGAAAAUAAUGCGGAUUUUUUGCAGCAAAAUUUCUCGCCUCAAAAUAGGCGAGUCUUUCGCCUACAAGUCUCCAGCUUUAGCUAACCGUCACAAAGUGAGAAUGGGCAAUUUCAAGGGCCACGAAUCCAUAUUAUUUUCCCGACAGACUGAUAAAGAAAUAGGAAAUUUUGAGCGUUGCACUCACCCUUCAAACACAGCCCUUGUUAAUUCUAAACUUUCUUUCAACUUGACCGACAUUUUCAUUUUUCCAGCCUACCGAGUCGGCUCCGACUACGGAUUCAGCCACAUUCUGCGCUUCAAAGGACUUGAAGAGCGCCCGGAUGGCGGCUACAAAGUGGCCGUCUACGGGGAUUUUGGAUACGAGAACGCCAGAUCGAUUGCGCCGUUGACGAAUCUCGCUCAAACCGGCGGAAUCGACCUCGUCAUGCAUGUUGGAGAUAUGGCUUAUAAUCUGGACAUUGUAGGUUACUUGCAGCCACAAUUUUCGAAGCAAUUGAUGCCGUUCUUUUCAGCGAGGCGAUCCGUUUAUGCGAAUGAUCGAGCCGAUUGCAUCGACAGUCCCAUAUAUGGUCAGUCCGGGGAAUCACGAGAUGGAAAUGAUCCCGUAUCACAAUUACAUUUACCGAUACAACAUGCCCAAUUCGUACGACAACCAUUACUACAGCUAUGACCUGGGAAAGGCGCAUAUCAUCAGCUUUUCCACCGAGUUUUAUUACGAUUUUUAUAGCGGGAUUGUCAAGGGGUUGGUGCAGCAACAAUACGAGUGGCUGGAGAAUGAUUUACAGGUUAGUAAUGCUUUGUUGUAGGCGUCGCUUGGAUCAAAAAAGAUUUCGAUUUCCUGACAUAUUUGAAAUGUAAAGUCUCGCUGAGUUCUGUCGGGAAAAAUAAUGUGGAUUUGUCGCGCAUUCAAAUCGCCCAUCGUCGCUUUGCGGCGGCUUGCCACGGCUUGAGAUUUGGUGGGCGAGGCGAUUCUGCGACAAUCCUCAUUAUUUUCCCGACAAAAUGAUAUAUCAGUUUGUCGGGAAAAUAAUGAACACAAUGUCGCUGCGCCGAUCGCGUCGCUGAAGUGAAAAGAAAUCUGAUUUUGCCACGAACUAUAAUGAUUCAUUUUCUCGGCGGCGAUGCCAUUUUUGAUGCGACAUAGGGCUCAUUAUUUUCCCGACAGACUGAUAUCGGAGCAUCGAAUAGCAGACAGCAGUCAGUCCAGAAUAAUUCAAACCCUAAUUUCAAGCCCGUCUACAUUUCAGAAGGCCAACGCGAAUCGCAAAAACGUCCCAUGGAUCAUCACGCUCGGCCAUCGUCCCAUGUACUGUUCGACGGACGACGGCGACGACUGCCGCAACAAGGAAGCCCGAGUUCGCGUGGGCUGGAAGAGCCAUUACGGUCUUGAGGCGUUGUUCUACAAAUACGGAGUCGACCUCGAAGUCUGGGCGCACGAACACACCUACGAACGACUAUAUCCGACCUACGAUCGGCAGGUCUAUGAUGGCGCUGAGUCACCGUAUGUGGAUCCUCCGGCGCCGGUGCAUAUAAUCUCGGGAUCGGCGGGAUGCAAUGAGAAUACGGACCAAUUUGUGAAAAAUCCCGAGCCAUGGAGUGCGUUCCGAUCGACAAAUUAUGGAUUCAGUCUGAUGCAGGUCCACAAUGACACACAUCUGCAUUGGCAACAAGUCAAGGCCGCCGAUGUGAGUGUAAAAAUGUUUUAGCCAGCUCAAAGCGUCUUUUAACCCAAAAUUUUUUUACUCUUUAUCAAAAUCUUUUCAGAAGUCGAUAGAAGACGACCUCUGGAUCAUCAAGCGAAAGCACGCCCCAUAUUCCAAGCGAGAUCUCCUCAAACUGAAGAGAAACAGUCGAUUUGUCCCGUAUGGCAAGGCCGAGAGAUGGCAUGAGUAUGACUUGAAACAGGUGAACAAAACACCAAAACGGUCGACGGAUUUAUAAGGGAGAAAAAACGAGUUCAACAACACAAUCAGCUUUAAUGUACCUAAGUGGUUUGAAGAAGAAUUGAAUAAAUUAUAAUGGUCUAGAAGAUAUAAUAUUUUUACUGUACAGAGGAAAUGCCCAAAGCGCGACGCACGUCAAACUGAGGAGUCCGGUGACCGGAAUAGACUCUUCGCUAUCGGUUUUUUACACUUCGUCUUGAUUUAACAGAGAAAGAGAGAAAAAAGAGACGCAAAAACGUACUCUCUCGCCCCAAAAAUUCCCCAUUUCUCCCCCGACAAAACGUUUUUUCGCGUCUUUUUUUGGCAAAUUGCCAACCCAUUCACCGGACUGUUUUAGCUUACCUCAGUUUGACGUGCGUCACACUUCGAUCAAAAUUCCUCGCUAGCACUUAGCCGAGGAACACGCUAACUAAUAAUCGUACGAACCUCUAAAACAGUAACAUAUCCACAAUAAAACGUAUGUAUCUUGUGCCGACCUACAGCAAACAGACCCCGUCCAAUCAAUGCGAAUUGACGCAACUCCAAAAAUAGUGAAUAAGUGUGCCGACUACGGUAUCGAGGUGCAACACAAGCCAGGAGUCGAACAAAUACGAAAGUCGGAAUGUUGCUGCAGCUGCGAAUGCAAAGAAUUGGUCAAGGUUUGUCCGAUUGAACUAAUUUGA